CAUCGAACCGCUGUGGUCACCGUGCUGUGCUCACCGGGCAUUGGGCACCAUGGCGGCCCCUUGGCACUGCGCUGCACAACGAGCCCAUCUCGGAAGCCUCUGAGCCGUCGGAUACGAUGGACACACCAAGGCAGGAGAUGUCCACGACGUCCACCGGCACGCGCACCAAACGACCCAGGAAGAGCAUGGUACAAGUGACCGGCAACUUCAUCCAGCACGACGGCAAGAGCGCUGGCGGUCAGGACUCCAAGUCCAGAAGGAGCAGCAGCAAAUGGUUGCACAAAGUCAUGAAGAGUUACUACGUGGCCAACUUUAUGGCCCUGGUGGUCCUGUUGGAUGCCUACUGCACCUGCGCAGGCAUCGAUGCGCGUGCGGCAAAGCAUGAACCUGAUGUCGCUUUGCUGGUGAUCUCCGAUGUGUGCUUGGUGCUCUACACUUUGGAACUGACUGUGAUCUUCUAUGUCUUCGACAAAUGGUCCGUUCUGAAGGAUUGGAUGAUGAUUUUGGAUGUGAUCAUCGUGGCUUGUGGUUGGUUGGAGAUCGUCAUGAACGCUGCGAAUGUCAUGGAGUUCGGUUUCCUCGGUUCCAUCAAGGUCACCCGCGUCUUGCGCUUGGUGCGGAUCUUUCGGCUGAUUCGCUUGUUGCGACGAGUGCGCACCCUGAAGGAACUGCACAAGUUGGCCACGAUGAUGGCCACCUGCAUGCGUACCUUGCUUUGGUGUUUCCUGCUGUGUUUUGUAGUGAUGACUGGGUGGGCCAUGUUGAUGGUUGAGGUGGUGCAUCCUAUCAUGCAGGAAAUCAUCGCUCGGGACAGCACUAUGUUCAGCAGCUGCGAGUUCUGUUCGGGGGCAACAUCCAGCGUCAUGUCGGCAAACUUGCUGUUGUUCAAGACAGUUAUCGCAGGUGAUGGUUGGGGCGAAUUAGCCGUGCCCAUCAUCACGGAACACCCGGCGACCGCCAUCAUCUUCGUGGGAUCGCAGUUGACCAUCGUGUUUGGUGUUGUAAACCUCAAUGUGGCGGUGGUUGUUGAUACGUUUGCAGAGGCGAGAGAAAAUGAUGUGCAGAACCUUGCCGAAGAGAUGGAAGCAGAGAUUCAACAAGAUAGUAAGACGUUGGCUAAGGUUUUUGAGCGCAUCGACAAAGACGGCAGCGGACAGCUCACCUUAGAAGAUUUGAUUGAAGGCGCACGUACCGACCCGGCCUUUCAGAGCCGUUUGCGUGUGAUGGAUAUAGAUGAGAAUGAUUUGCAGCAGUUGUUCCAAAUGAUCGAUAGCGACUCAUCUGGGACAAUCGAAGCCUCAGAGUUCAUCGGCCCUUUGAGUCGAUGGGCGCAUGAUUCCAAGACAGCACCCCGUUUCAUCAAGUACAACAUGUUGCAAACCAUGCAUCUGCAGGAGGAUUUGAUUGACCUCUCUGCUGACUGCUUCAACGAGUUGGCCGCACGCCUUGACGACCUCAGCCGCCAGCUGGAUCUCACGGAGCGCACGGCGGGUCCGGUGUCGAUGACGCCCACGGCGGAGAAGGUGGCCGAUCUCAGGCGGCGCGUUGCGGAAUCACGGGACUCCCGGGAAUCCCGGAGUGUUUCCAACUCGGAGACAGACUCUGAAACCACGCAGGACGUUAACGAUGAUCUGCAUCAGCCCAACAAAUCACCUCAGGUGCCAUUCUUCUUCGCUACGAUGAAGGAAGAGGACUUUGCAGAGACGAAAGAGACGAAUGCGAUGAACCACACGCAGCAGAAGACCCUAGAGUUCUUCUUGGAAGAGACGAUGCGGAAACUCGAGCUGAAGUUAGAUGCCUUACUGAAGGAUAGCAAGAAGAUUAAGGUCUUGGCCAAAUAUCCACGUCGGCCCCAACCUCAACGGAUGUCCCCACGCGCCUCGGACGGUGCGAUAACAGCCACGAGACUCCGGGCCAAUAGAGCAGCAUUGCAUCCUGAAGCAUUUCGAUCGAUGUAUUUGGAUCGCAGGAACUCGAUAGUUACCCGCUCCGGGAACGCCUCAGAAGCUCUACACAGCUACAGGCCACAAUACACUUCAGGCGAGACAUUCCCUGCGACCCUCGACGAUGCUGUCGCUUCAACGAAAUUUUCCAAGGAUCGUGUUUGGCGCAGUGUCUCGCGUGGUCGCUCGAACCUUCCUGCAGAAACUCCGUCGAAUGGAGAGCGCAGCGAGCGGAGCGAGCGGAGCUGGACUGGUUCUUUGGUUGACUGGAGGUAGCUGCCAAAAUACCUGAGCAGUGAACAUAGGGAGCACACAUUUUUAUCAGCAGCAUUUGGGAAACUCAUCUCGAUGUU